AGCAGUUGCAGAUGAGAAUCAAGUGUUCGCUAGAACGGUAGUGAGAAUGAAGCUCUCACAAGGUGUUGCUAUUGCUUGGGUGGUAUUGUGCUGCUGUUUUGCGCAGCUAGAAGCGUACCGAAUCCUGUGCAUCUAUCCCAGUUCGGGCCGAUCGCAUGUACUCGUCGGGCAGGCACUACUGAAGGGUUUGGCUGCGCGCGGUCAUGACGUCACGAUGGUGAGCCCGUUCAAGCUUUCGAAACCGGUGCCCAACUACCCAACUGGGCCGCACUUUAACGCCCCAACGGUGGUGCUGUUUUCGGCCGGCUUGACAAAAAUGACAGCCGACUUUGUCGGUAACCCGCGUGCGGUCGCAACGGUCCCGGCUAUCAUGGUCGGUGGCAGAGGGGCGUUGGAUUUUGCAGGCCGGGUCAAAAACUUCCUCUUUGCCGGUGUCGAAAAUGUGAUCACCGCUGUGUCGGAUUACGUGCAGACGUCGUACUACGAACAGUUCUUCCCGCCCGGUCGCUACCCAUCGUAUGCGGACGUGCGGCGCAAUGUUUCGCUCGUGCUGCUCAACACACACUUCUCGCAGGCUACACCGCGCCCCUACCUGCCCAACGUGGUAGAGGUGGGCGGACUGCAAAUCAAAGCCAAACCGGACCCACUGCCCGAGGACAUCCGCGAGUGGCUUGACGGUGCCGGCGAGCACGGUGUCGUGUACUUCUGUCUCGGGUCGAACCUCAAAUCGGCCGAUCUUCCGCAGGCGAAGCUGGACGCGAUAUUGAAAACCUUCGCGCAGCUCAAGCAACGCGUGCUGUGGAAGUGGGAGAGCGACCACAUUCCGAACGCGCCCCCGAACGUGCUGUCGAAAGCGUGGCUGCCGCAGGACGACGUGCUGGCGCAUCCGAACGUUAAGCUGUUCAUCUCGCACGGCGGUCUGGGCGGUAUGGCCGAGGCCAAGUACCACGGUGUGCCGGUGCUGGGCAUUCCCAUCUUUGCCGAGCAGCACCAAAACAUCCAGUCCAUGAUCGACGACGGCGUGGCGAUGCAGGUGGACUACAAGCAGCUGGACGAGCGUACGUUUUCGCGUGCGGUCAACAUUAUGGUGCGCGAGCAUCGAUUUGCCGAGCGGGCGAAAGCCAUUUCUGAGCUGUAUCGUGACCGACCGCAGAGUGCCAUGGAUCUCGCCUGCUAUUGGGUGGAGUAUGUCGCACGGCAUCGGGGCGCACCGCAGUUGCACUACCCGGGCGCCGAUAUGAACUUCUUCCAGCAUGAAUCGCUGGAUGUGAUUGCGUUCCUGGUCGCCAUCCUUUACGUAGUGUUCAAGGUGUUUAAGCUGGUGUUAAGGUUCGCCUACCGAAAGGUGUUCAAAUCGUCUCGUAAGGCUAAGGUACAAUAAAAGCGGAGCAUAGUAACGGUGUCUGAUGAAGAUUCCAAUGCAAUCUCGUGGACACAUUUCGAACGGCGCCCUAAGAUAAGACACUGACACAGCGAGAUGGUUCCAGAGUGCUUUUGCAGUAUUAUCUAGAAAUUGGUUCGUUGUUCAGCGCUAAAUCAAUCAAUUUUUAAGACAGCCCGCACCACACGCGUGACACAGCGCGAAACGUUUGACAGAUGAAAUUGUUUGUAAGGAGCCUAAAAUUGUAACAAAACACAUCUACAAAAUAAAACCAUUCCAAGGGACUCUCCCCCGGCACGUA